AUGACGCUCCUUAUCCUUACCGAGACGUCCGCCGGCUAUGCGCUGCUCAAGGCGAAGGACAAGAAGCUCCUCAAGCGGGACGACCUAGCCUCUGAACUGAGCAGCGUGGAAAAUGUCACCUCCAUACUCAAGCUGAAGGAGUUCCAGAAAUUCGACAGUGCCGCAGCAGCUCUCGAGGAGGCGGCUGCCAUUGUGGAGGGGAAAGUCACCCCGAAACUCUCGUCCCUGCUCAAUACCCUCAAGGACGAGAAAAAAAUCUCGCUCGCAGUCGCAGACCCGAAACUAGGAAACGCGAUCGGCAAGAUCCCGGGCCUUGAGAUCAAAGCCAUCGCCGACUCCACGACCGCCGACCUCUAUCGAGCCAUUCGAGAACACCUCCCGUCCCUCAUCCCAGGAUUACUGCCCGCAGAUGUCAAGACAAUGUCGUUAGGUCUCUCGCACUCACUGGCAAGACAUAAGCUCAAGUUCUCCCCCGACAAGAUCGAUGUUAUGAUUGUGCAGGCGAUCGGCCUCCUCGAUGACCUCGACAAAGAACUCAACACAUAUGCCAUGAGAGUGAAGGAAUGGUACGGGUGGCAUUUUCCAGAACUGGCAAAGAUCUUGAACGACAAUCUGGCCUACGCCAAAGUGGUCCUCAAGAUGGGAAUGCGUACAAACUUUGAACAAAGCGAUCUGUCAGAAAUCCUCCCAGAAGAGAUCGAGGCUGCGGUCAAGACUGCCGCUGAUAGGUCUAUGGGAACGGAGAUUACGGAGGAAGAUCUUGAAAACAUCCAGAGUCUGGCCGACCAGGUUGUCCAGUUCACAGAAUACAGGACGCAACUAGCUAGCUAUCUGACGGCACGAAUGCGGGCGAUCGCUCCUAACCUCACCACUCUGGUUGGGGACUUGGUUGGUGCUCGGCUAAUUGCACAUGCCGGAAGUUUGAUGAAUCUGUCCAAAAGCCCCGCCAGUACCAUCCAAAUUCUGGGCGCCGAAAAGGCUCUUUUCCGAGCUCUCAAGACAAAACACGACACUCCCAAGUAUGGUCUAAUCUAUCAUGCUUCUUUGAUCGGCCAGGCGUCUGGCAAGAACAAGGGCAAAAUGGCAAGAGUACUCGCUGCCAAGGCCGCGCUCGGACUGAGGGUUGACGCGCUGCAAGACUGGGGUGAUGACGAGGCAAAUCUUCCCGAGGACGAGAAAGCCGCCCUUGGACUGGAAGCGCGAGCCAACCUCGAGCGCAAAUUGGCAGCUUUGGAGGGCAAACCGCUCAAACCUCGAGGGAUUGCCAUUGCUCCUAACGGUGUGUCCACGACGGCGCAACCACAGAAAUGGGAGAUCAAAGAAGCCCGGAAGUACAAUGCGGACGCCGAUGGCCUCGACGGCAAUGAGGCCCCAGCCAAGAAAGAGAAGAAGUCGAAGAAGGAGAAGAAACUCAUCCAGGAGAUCUCUGAAGACGCCAAGAUGGGAGACGGUGACGAAGAGGCCGAGUCCCAACCCGAUGAGCCGAUAGACUCAGAUGAAGCUGCGGCUAUCACCCCCUCCAAACCCAAUGGCGUCAGUGGCACAGCCGACGGUGCCGACAAAAAGGCCGAGAAGCAGAGAAAACGGGCGGAGAAAGAAGCACGCAAGCUUGCUAAGGAAGGAGGGAAAGAUGCCAGCCUUGAGGCCCUGGCGGCGAAAUGUGGCCUGAGUGUUGAGAGGUAUCAGAGAAAGCUUGAGCGGGGAGAGAUUCAGUUUCAAGAAGACGGCACGCCGGUAGCCAUCUCCAAGAAAGAGAUCAAGAAGGCGAAGAAGAAGGCGGAGAAAGCUGCCGCAGCCAACACGAAUGGCGACGUCGAUGGCAGCAAGAAGCGAAAGCGGGCAGAAGAAGAGGUCGUCGAGCAGUCCAAACCAGACAAGAAAAAGAAGCGGAAAGAAAAGGCUUAG